UUGCCAGGGGAUGUUCGCUACCGGUCGCUAGGGUUACUAACAGGCAGCAGUUGGUAGCUAUUGGUAGAUGCAUUGAGCCAUUUUGCUGUUGUGGUUUUGGUGAACGGUAGAGAAGGUGAAGAUAUAAAGAGGGACUGCGUACCGCAGAUAUUUGUAGAUCGUGUAUAUAAGUGAUAGUACCGGAAUAUGGAAGCCCCUGAGUUGGGAGAAUCGUCUUUCAAGCAGAAGCAGGCAGAAUACAUGAAGCGGCUAAGAGACCUGCAUACCAAGAGGAAUGAGGCCCGCCAAAUGAACCACAAAGAAGUAAUGGAAGAAGACAAGCGUAAGAAAUUGCCAUCCAACUGGGAAGCACGCAAGCGGCAGGCUGAAUGGAUAUUGAACAAUGAAGAGAAACGAAGAGAGGCUGAAAAGAAAGGCGAAGAUUAUGAUCGUGUCAAGCUUCUGCAUAUUGAUGCCAUUGAAGCAGAGCGAAUUGACAGGAAGAAGAAAAAGAAGAACCCAGAUCCUGGUUUUGCAGAUUAUGAACAGGCCACUGCUAGACAGUACAAUCGCCUGGUGAACAGCAUGAAGCCUGACAUGGAACAGUACAAGUACCAGAAAGAGAAGAUGGGAGAAGCAUUCUAUGGUGGGCAAAACGUCAUCCUGCACGGUCUCCACAAGGACACAAAGGAAGGAAUUGAUCACAUGGUUCAAGACUUGGAGAAGCAGAUUGCAAAACGGGAGAAGUACAGCCGACGGCGAAUGCACAAUGAUGAUGCUGACAUAGACUACAUAAAUGAACGCAACAUGAAAUUCAACAAGAAAUUAGAACGGUUCUAUGGAGAGUACACUACUGAGAUCAAGCAGAACCUUGAGCGUGGCACAGCUGUGUGAACAACCCUACUUUGUAAAUACUUUUGUUUAAUAAAUUGAAAUAUUUAUCUCUAUUUCUAUAAAUUUA